CUUAAUAAAAGCAAAUUCUGAUUAAAAAAAUAGAAGUCUGAAGGCGAGGUUAAGCAUAGAAGAAAGAAGAGAAUGGCUAGAGACAGCGUCCUAACACGCGUGGCGACCGGAGCCGCCGUUGGCGGUGCUAUCGGCGGCGCAGUCGGUGCUGUUUAUGGGACUUACGAUGCAAUUAGGUAUAAGGUUCCUGGACUCCUCAAGAUAAGGCAUAUAGGGCAGACCACUCUGGGAAGUGCAGCUGUAUUUAGCUUGUUCCUAGCGGCAGGAACCUUGAUACGAUCUCACUAGUUUGUUUCCUUAGAUUUUGCAGUCAUGGUGACGAGUUUUCUUUCAAUUUUAGCCAGCAAAAAUUGCCAUGUAACCUCACAUUAAUCUUUUGGGUGUUGACAUUAUAUAAAGUUCUUUUUAAUAAAAAAACAGAAAAUUAUGACAAA